UUCUACAGGCAGCUGCCGCCUGCUGCCUGGUGUAGAUGGUUUUGGGGGGGGGGGAGAGGCAGGCGGACAGGGAGGCUGUUUGGGUGCUCAGCGCACGCUAAAAAAGGGGGACAUCUAGGAACCUCAGGCACCGCAAGGAGAGAAAGUUUUAGACUCUCUGAAGUUGGCUGAGAGUUGCCAAAAUUCCUCAUGGGUUUUCAAGGAGAAAGUUUAGAAAUCUGUGGCCGGGACCAGCCCAUCCUCGGAGCCGACAGAGCGAUGGGGAGGGAGAGUUUUAUAGGUUUUCCUGCCUUUGUGCCACACUGAGGACCUACUGAACCAAGCAUGGAGGGAGCAGACAUCCCAGUCAGGCCAGGAGGAAGAAGGCACCCCAGCCCUCCGCCCGGCGGCCUGCGCGGUGUUCUGCCGGUGGAUGCCGACCAGCACCCUACCGCCUCCAGCCCAGAGUCCGGGGGGCCGCUACCCUGCUUACCGCCGGGGUCAGCGGUGUCCGCCCUGCAGUCUAAGGUCAACGCCCUUUCCAAGCACAGGGUGGUGGGGAAAGAGCGAGACAAGAGGGGGCAGCAAGCCAGAUCCAGCCACACACAUGGGGGCAGGGAACUGUCACCUGUGCUCCCGGGUCCAGGAUCGCCUCCUACCUGCAGGUCGUGGCACUGCAGCAGUGACGAUGAGGGGGAAUCCCAGCGCCAGGACCACACCCAUCCCUGGGAUCACUUGACCUCACGUGACAUGGAGGUGCAGAGGGAGGUGGUGGGGGAGGAUGAGGGUGAAGGAGGAGCCACCUCCAGCUCGUCCUCUUUGCCUUGGGAAGCCUCUGAUGAGUUCAGUGUGGAAAUCCUCCAGGAAGGACCAUCUUCCAAGCCACGCAGCCCCUGCAAAGGCUUCCCUCGAGCUGGGACACCUCCCAUGAAUGGGGGCGCCCCCCUAGUGGAGGGGAGUCCCCAUAGUGAGCCGGCAGGGAGCUCAUCUGUAUGGAGGGAGCUUCAGAGGUCGGACAGCCUGGAGAGUCACUUGCGGCGAUACUGGGAGGGGGAGCCGGACCAGGCAGCCCUACUGGGGGGGCUCUGGAGGGCCGACAGCUGGGAGAGCAUAUGCAGCGGCGGGGGCGCCCUCUCGCUGGCCGAGCGGGUCGAGAUGAACCGCGCCAUCCUCAGGCAGAUGCUCAGCAAGCCCAGGAGCAAAGACACUGAGGGCCUGGAGCAGAGGCCCAAACAGAACGGGAACAAAGCAACCCUGAACGACAGCGACUGGGACUCCGGGAUCUCGCUCCAAGAUGGCGAGCACUGCACAAGCAGGGCCUUUGUGCUCGGUGAUGACCUGCCUCUGAGCCCCCGGCAGGAACGGGCCAAGAGGCUGCUGGAACGUGCACGCAUGAAGGCCCGCUCGCAGCCGCUCAAGGCGGACCACAGCAUCCUGCCCGUCCCGAGGGACAGCAGUCCGGCUGUAGCGCCGCUGCUCAGGUCUCUCCCAGGAAAGGAAGGGGCAGCGUCAGGAAAUCUGAGUGACUCAUCGAGCAGCGACUCAGCCUGUGGCCCCCGGCGGCGGUACGGCCAGUCCCCCACGCGCGUGCGCUUUGAGGACGAAUCGGAGAAGGACGCCGAGGUGCGCUACCUGGAGCGGCUGCGGCAGAGGCGGCGGGCGGGUGAGAGGGCGCAAGGCCUGCUGGUGUCCAAGCCCAACCUCUCUGCUUACGUCAACGGCAAGAAGGAUGGCGGAGAUCCCGGCAGGGCGGCCCACCGAGGGCGAGCGGCGCAAACUGCGCCCGAGUGCCGGGCCUGGGGGCCGCAGGAGGACAGCCUGCGGAAUGUCAGGGGGCGGGUCAUGACUGUGAGUAAGGAUCCGGCCAGCAGGAAGUGUCACUCUUGCGGGGGCUUAGUGGAUGGGUCCCCAGGGUCCCAUGCCAAUGCCGGCUUGAACCCGCCAUCACCUCAGCAGCCCCAUGGGAAGGGCAUGCCGAGCCAAGUGCCGGUGAACAGUGUGAAGCGCAUGGUCCACACCGAGCGCAUUAAGGAGACCUACAUCGGCGAGGUCGCCCCCACAGAGGACCAUGGUCCUGACUGCCUGCACAGUGAUGGCGGGAACCUGAACACCAGGCUGUGGCCCCCUGGAGAAAAGUGGCAGGUCUCUGGUGAUGUCACAGUGCUGCCUCCCAACCCAUAUGCCGUAGAGCAGCCUGAGAAACCCUGCCACUGCUCGGUGUCCCUGGAUACUCAGGUGCGCCCCCUGCUGGAUGCCAGUGGCCAUAGCCAUCAGGGCACCUGUCCUCUGCCAAAGAAAUCUGCCCUGAAAUUGGGGCCCAGGAACUGGCCAAGUGGCCAGCGGUUGGUGAAGCUCAUGCCCUCACCUCAAGGUCUCCCCACCCACUCGGAUUCCCCUGAAAGUCUGGAGCCAAGACUCACCCAGGGGGCGGAGCAAGAGCCACCUGCCACUGCUGCCUCAUGUCCCUGCCAGGAGCAGCAGUGUGUCGGGCCGGGCUACAGACACGAAAGCUCCUCUCUACCCCCUCCGAGCUGGGGCCCUGGUCCAUGCAUCAGGCCCUCUGUACUGAAGCUCCCCCCCAGCAGGACUCUGCCUGACCACCUGGCUCUGGAGCCCUGGGAUGGUGCAUCAGAAUCAGCAGGUCACUGCCAACAGUGGAAUGGAGACCAAUGUCAAGAUCCCGCCUCCGCCUCACAAGCCCCCCACUGCAGACCUGACGGGCGGGUCAGGGGGCCAAUGAGAGCGGAACACCUGAGGGCGAACAGUCCUGACAUGACUGUCAGAGAAGAGCCCUACAGACGGGCCCCAGAAUAUGGAUCUGAGCAGCGUGAGGGCAGAUCCAAACUGUCACUGCGCAAGUUCUUCUCUGCUAUUGGACUCAACAGCGUCGGCAAGCUGGUGAAGGCACGUUCCAGCAGCAUGGAACACCUAAGCCUGCCUGCCAAGCACAGCGCUGCCCCCCACAGCCCCCCGCAUGGCCAGAUGAAGAAGGCACCCUCACUCCAGGCACUGAAUGUGGAGUCUCCCUUGAACCAGUUGCGGAAAGCCUCGUCGGUACAAAGCCUGCAAUCCCCCAAGAGGAAAACUGACCGGUCGGGGGCAUAUGCCCCAGGACAGCAGCCUUGCAGCCCGGUUUACAGCAGGGGGCUCCAGCGAGCACUGAGCGUGGAGGACGUGGGCUGCCCCAGUCUGGUGCGGUCAGUGGGCCGGGUUGCCCAAACCUUCCCUGAUGGGACUUUAUUGCUAGAGCUCAGCAGACCCUCCCACGGCCCCUUUGGCUUCCUCAUCUCUCGUGGAAAAGGGCGGCAGGAUUCAGGUGUGUACGUGGAGGAGAUGGGGGACAGCAACACGCAGAAGCUCUAUGCCGGCCUGCUGGGGAUCGGAGACGAGAUCCUGGAGGUGAACGGGGAGAAGGUGGCCGGGCUGAGCCUGGACCAGGUGACACGGCUCAUGGCACAGGAGGGCACGGCCUCCGUCCGCGUGCUACGACAUCGCCGCUUCCCACGCUGACUGCAGAGCAGCCAAGACUGGCAUGGCAUCCAGGCAGAAGAGGAACGUUAUGGGGGGAGCGGGUGACAAGGCAUCCCUCUCCUCAGUAGAUGCCUGGGGGAUUUCAGGGCUGUCAUGUAAUUCCUAAAUGCUCUUCCCAUCCUUCUUAAACCUUUACCUGUACUUCAAACUGUGGGGAUUACAGUGGUCUUGCUUCAGUGAUUAACAUAUACAGUAAGACUGUCUUGUGGCCAUCCUCCAAUCCAGGCUGCCCUUCACCUAACCCAGUCAUGUGACCUGAGUGUGUUGAUUCCUGUUCCUGACCCAGUCAUGUGAUUGGCAUAUGCUAAUUUAUGUUCCUGACCCUAUCAUGUGACUUGAGUAUGCUGAUUUAUGUUUCUGCUUGACUGCUUGGCUAUUUAGUAAGUUCUGGUUAUGAUUCAAUAUUCAGUUUUCUUUUGUUCCCCAUAACCUCAUUAUCGGUGUUUAUUAAACAUAAUUGUGAUUUUAA